ACAAGCCGCGGAACACACCGGCGUUUUAUUCCACUUGUUGAAGGCUAGACACUCUAAUCUCUCAGCUUUGGCAGCUCCCGAUUUUCCUUUGAUUCGAACACUACUGUUUCCAAAAAGGGAACAGCCAUGAACACGCUGUUCGCCAGCCAGGAGAACGCGGGCCUCAGGCUACCCGCAGGCAAGGACCGCCAGCGACUCAAGUCUGCUCCAGAGUUUGGUGCAGAUAAGUCUUUCAAGGCCCCGUUGACGCCCCUGCUUGGCCCCAGUGCCCCCCUCUUCGGUUCCUGCACCCCCCUGCAGCAGCGUCUGGCCCUCAGGAAGGCGGCUCAGACCCCCAACAUCAAACCCCAGAGGGAGGAGCCCAAACUGCGUUGUCAGGAGAAGGAGGUGGUGAAGCCUGUGGAGAAUGCAGAGCCGGACAUCGAGAAGAUGUUCCCCUACAGUCCUGACGAGUUCCUGAAUAGCGGCGAGGCUGACGGCGUGGUGUACCUGAGUCACCUGCCCCUCUUCGGACUCCCGCGGUUGUCGUGGAAACCCCAGCUGCCAGAGAUGGACGAUGACCUCAUGAUGCCGCCGCCCGCGCUCCCGAUCUCACCCCUCCCCUCUCUCUCACUUCCUGAAGAGUGCAGUACGGAGCUGGAUGAUUUCCUGAUGACGCUAGAUGAGGUGAUGUAUCCAGCGAUGCCCACACCUCAAGAGGAGGAGGAAGACUACGAUUAAGAUGAGGAAGAGGACCCACCCAGCCCCUGAGGAGGGGGAUGGUGUGUGUGUGGGAGAUGGUAGAUGGCAGGGGACCCAUCUAGUGUGUGUAUGUGUGUCGUGCGGUGGAUACCAGAGGGCCUUGUCCUUGUCCUUCGACUGAGUGUGU